AUGUCCAAUCCCACCACCACCCUCCGACCAAACCUCCCCCCAACCCUCCAUCUCCUCCGCCUCGACCCAAUCCACUGUCCCGCUCCCGAUUUUUCCCCCCUCUCCCACCCACACACCUACACCUCUCUCCCCACCCCCAUCCCUCCCUCCUCCACUCUCCUCACCCACCUCCUCCCCGCCCACAUCCUCAUCACCACGCGUUAUUUCCUACCCUCCUCUCUCCUCUCCCAACUCCCAAAUCUACGUCACAUAGCUAUCCUAGCUAUUGGAACUGAUCACGUAGAUAUUGCAUAUUGCAAGGAAAAUGGCAUUUCAGUGUCGAAUGUGCCGGCGGCGAGUAAUGAGGCGGUUUCGGAACAUGGGUUGGGGUUGUAUAUGGCGUUGAGGAGAAAUGUGGUGGGCAUGCAUGAGAGGACUAGGGAGGGGAGGGAGUGGGUGGAGAAGGGGAGUUUGACGAGGGGUUUUUAUGGGGGGUUGAUGGGAGGGUUUAAGGGGGAAGUGGUGGGGGUUGUGGGGGGUGGGGAGUUAGGAAACCGAGUAGCAAACCUCUGCCUUGCCCUCGGAAUGACCGUUCAAUUCUCCGAACGAAAAGGCGUUCCACAAACCGCUACCCGUCCGCACUACACCCCCUUCACCACCGUCCUCACAACCAGCACUGUACUCUUCCUCACCCUACCCCUCACGCCCAGCACCACCAACCUCAUUACUCACCACGAGUUCUCCCUUAUGAGGCCCGAUGCUCUCGUCAUCAACAUUGCUCGCGGAGGAAUAGUUAAUGAGGAGGAUUUGGUAUGUGCGUUGAAGGAAGGAAAGAUUGCGGGGGCUGCUACGGAUGUUUUUGUGACGGAACCGGCGGGGAGAGAUAGUGUGUUGGUGAGGGCGGCGAGGGAAGGGGAAGGGGAAGGUGGGUUGGGGGGGAGUGGAAGGUUGAUUUUGAGUCCACAUGUGGCGUGGUAUGGGAGGAGUAGUGUGGAUAAAUUGAGGAGGGUUGUGGCGGAGAAUGUUAGGGCGUGGUGUGAGGGGGGUGAGGGGAAUGUUGUGGGAUGA